GAGGAAGAGGAAGUGAAUAAAGCUCAUACUAAAUAUAUAGCACCCACUGAAGGCAGGGAUGUAGACAGAAAGAACGGGGGUGGGGGAAGGAAGGAAAGCACGCUUCGCCAGGAUCCAGCUGUUUUUUAACAUACCUAAGCCUACGGAAGCUAGGAAGAUAUCGGAAGCGACGGCAUCCCUCAAAUUCGAGAGGGCGGAUGCCUCUAGGGCUAGAGAGGCUCCCUAGCCCUCAGUUACAGAGCGACUGGGAGGGGACAAAAUGGAGUUGAGGUUUAGGGGCACCCUAAAGGUCGUUUGGAGGUCUAGCAAGCACUUCAUGGUCUCCUCCGGAAAGGGCCAUGGCAAAGCCUAGUACCCCGAUCAGGAAGAUGACUUCUGGCCCUCGGGAUGCGGUGAGCGGCAGGAAGAGGCAGGCUGGGGUUCCGAGGACCCCAGACUCCAUCACAGGAGCAGAUACAGUGACCUCGGGAAUCUUCUCCGCCCCAGCGGAGGCGAUCGGAUAGAUAGCCCUGGCUCAAGGAAAAAAGCGAGCCGACUCCAGGAGCUGGAAUGCCCACCCAACCUCCUCCCGGCUCAGGUGAGGUACGCCAGUCCCCCUCUGGAAAUGGGGCCCUGGUACCGACAGGGCAGGGGUGCCGGGGCCGCAACCUCCCCAUCCAGGGAUACUCACCGGAGGGGCGGCCCACCGCGUCUUCGCAGCCGGCCGGCGCCUGGCACUCGGGAAGCUCGCAAAAAGGAACCGCGUGCCCGCUAGCGCUGGGACGAGGAGGAGCGCGCGGCGGAGGCCAGAGAAAAAGCCGCAGCGGCGCGCGCGCACCCGGACAGCCGGCGGAGGCGGGGCUCAGCGCGAGCCCGGAAAAGACGCGCCCGGAGGGGCGGGCGGAGCGGGGGCGCGCGGUGGUGUGGCAGAGCCAGCCGAAUCGCCGGCUGCAGACGGCUCGGCCCACCCACGCGCCCGCCCCCGCUCGCCCGGGACGUCAGUCGAAAAGGCGGAGCCGAACGGGCUUCCCGGGGCGCGGGAGGGGCGCUGCGAGGAAGGCGAGGCGGCUAACGGCUCGCCUCAAGUUGUUGCUCCCGCUGGCGAUCCGCUUCUGUCAGGCUCGCUGUUGGUGUCGUUGAGUGUGUUUCGGGAUGUCCUUGCGCCUAACAGCAGUGAGGCGCAGAAUUGGCCCAAGCCCUCACCUGCGGCUUGCUUCGCAGGACUCCACCCCAGGAUAAAAGUUCCCCUCGGGUCAUCUUCCAGCUGCCCUCAAAAGACACUCAUUUUUGGGUUUCACUGCUCCUCGUUUAGAGAGCUAUCUUAAACACUUUGACUAAAAGCAUCUUGCUCCUGUAAGCCUGAACUAAUGCCUCUCAUCCAUUUAUCUUGCCUCUUACUGUGUUAAGAUCCCCGCUCACUCCCACUGAUGAAAUAUCACAAGGACGCAGGAUUUUCACGUUGUCUUUCAUUUCCACGAUGGUAUCAUGGCAAAAAAAAAAAAACCCAACUGAUAAGGAAAAGUCACCGCAGCUUUGUGACAUCUUACUAGCCCUGAUCAUUGCUUAUAAGCCGGUCAUACGAAUGCUGUUCCAACAGAUGCAAGAAAUUGCCAUUAAAAUUAAAAUGCCAGCGAAGUAUCUGAGGGCUUCAAAAGGGACAGACCAUAAUUGCAAAUGAGGCCUGAUAAACUGCCAAGAAUAUAUCACCCAAAAAAAUAAAUCUCAAGAAUUCUUCUAGUUCCCUGAUGCGUAAUGGUGAACUAGCUUCCUGUUCCUGAUGGUAAUUGACAUUUCACUUCACUUGCUGAUUUCCAUUUUCCCAUAGAAUUACCAUUUGUGCUUGUGUGUGUAUAUAUGUGUGUGUGUAUAUAUAUAUAUAUAUAAAAUGCCUUACCACCUGA